AUGACUCGGUCGGGAACCGGUAAUCGUUUUCGAACGCGAAAACUUUCGACAAAGCAGUCUCUAGCUGUCCUCCGAGAGAAUCAGAUCGACUCCGUAGACGAUGAUGCUCAGAGGAAUAUACCUCAGAUAGAAACAGGCGUUGAACGUGGUGAAGAAAUCGUGUGUUGUCCCCUCUUCCUCCGCUUCUAUUUUUAGAACAUAUCGAUGGUGCUGGAAAAAAAAAAAAAGUCACAUAUAUUGUGUAGCCGUGUAUGGCAUGCAACACCAGCAUUCAUCCCCGACCGUUUGGCACUAGGAUCGUAUUGUGAUUGGCGCUCAAGCCAUUUGGCUUAUUUUCCUACUGUGUUUGGCCUUUUAUUUAUUUGCCUGUUCUUAUUUUUCUUUCGUUCAUAAUAUCUUCCUUGGAGUCAAUGGUCGCUGGCGAUAGGUGUCUGCUAACUGUGCCGUUUCCCGACAGGAGCAUCAUUUGCAAGCUGCAAUAUCAGCUUCUCAAGCCGCGGCCGUUGGCGCGAAAGUCACACAAAUCUUUAUCCCAACUCCAAACACUACAGAGAUAACUGUUACGAACUAUGAGAUUCUUUAUCCGAAACGCUUUUCCCAACCUGCAAGCUAUAUUCGGUUCUCGUCGACCGUCGAGGAUUGCAGUGGAACAGGAUAUUGCAUGUCUGCUGAGGAUGAAAAGUUUUUUGAAAAGAUGAACGCCACAAAGCGUCCGGGGGGUCAGCAAUGUAAGGUUGAAGAAUUUGAGCGUAUUAUGGACCUUUUUGAGUCUAUUGCGCUCGAGAACCAGCCCUACAUGUCCAUCGAUAUGUCUACUGUGAUGCCCUAUGACGAAAUAGCCGUGCAUUUCGGCGAGGCACUCAGCGGUGAGCUGGCGAAGAUUGCGGCUGUGGUAUAUUCGCAUUGGAAAGAGCAAAGGGUCGCUCGUGGUGGAAAUCCAAUCAUUCCAAUCCUUAAGGUUAGCCCCACUCUUUUGCCACAUGGCCCUUUUAUACUCUAACAUGACCGCAAUAGUUUGAACAAGGGCAGGAUAAGGAUGACGGGGAUCCAUAUGUUUGUUUUCGUCGCCGUGAGGUACGGCAAGUUCGCAAGACUCGCCGCACAGAUGCACAAUCAACAGAAAAACUCAAGAAGUUACGACAAGAGUUCGACUCAGCUCGCAAUCUUGUGAGGGAUGUGUUAGCAAGGGAGUGUAUGAGAAAGAAUGUUUUUCAGGUCGAAUUUGGGAUAUUUGAGAGCAGACGACAGAUUAUUGGCAUCAAGAGAAGGAAUGGGAUUCGGGGUGAUGAUGAAGAUCUUGUCAACCAUAAGGUGUGAUAUCUAUAGCGUCCGGAGCUUUGUGCUCGAAGUGCUAACAAGUAAAUAGCCGAAGAAGAGGCCAGUGGAUCAGGCAGCACCACCUACUAUCAGGAUUCCAACCCGUCAUGAUGGAAAACCACCGGAGGCAGAACUUUUACAGCUUGUGGCAGUUAAGGCUGAGAAGGAGAAACAGAGAGCGGAUAAGUUCCAAGCGCUCAAGAGUUCACGGCGGGUUCCUAAGCACGGUUUCGUCGACUUGACUGAUGUUUGUUUACACUUUACUUAAUUGCAGUAUGCGAGAAAUGGCGGCUGACAUAUUACAGAAAGCGUUUUCUGAUUCAACAGUUGUGCCGAAGGGUCCAGAUGCAAACUUCUGCGGUGUACAGACUUACUAUCUUCCGAGUCCGCCUCCCUCAUGUGAGGGCAAUGGAACUGGCUUGUUUGACCUUCCAGAAGAGCCCUCGGAUUUGGCUCCGAUACCAGUAUUGCAAGUUUCUUCAAAGUCUCCGCCUUCACGGGAUGUACCAGCCUUCAGGCGAAGACGAGGACGCGGGGGUAGGAUAAUCAUAGAUCGUCGAGGGCAUGGCAUUCUCCGUGACAAUGACCUAGAUGAUAUAAUACUUGACCGCAUGAAGCACAGUGAGGAAGACGAAGAUUACAGCCCGGUAUUCAUGAGGAGCUUGAACAGUGAUUCGUGAGUCCCCGAGUUUUAUGACCCUCCUCGAUUUCUUGAAGCAGUUCUAAUUCAUCGAAUAGGCACAUUCAAUACCGAGCUCGCAUGCUCUCGCCUCCCCCUGACCCCCCAGUUAAUCCUGCCCAGCAUAUGCGUCGACCAGUUGCGCCCUCACCAGGAGGAAUACAAACCAGUACACCUGCUGCAUUUCUGGCUGCCACCGCUGCUCAACAAGCAGUGGGUUUUGCAGGCUAUAAGCUUGGUCCACAUCCCGGGCAGCCGCAGCAACAGCCCGGUGCUUCCCUACUACCGCUGGCUAAUCGAGCACUAGUUCACUCUCAAGUGCAGCGAUAGCAGCUCGGUCGUGAAGGGAUCAAAUCUAGUACUCUGUAUCAUUACCCCCGUUUUGUUCCUCUUCGCUUUCCUCUCCUGUUAUGCCUUUUGUCAGCGGGUCAUUGUUUGGGUUCCUGGGUUGGCUUUUCCUCUCUUCAUAUAUCCUUUUCCUUCAACCUGUUUGCUUGCUCCUGCUCAUUCAUCAGUUGAUAUAAAACCUGUUUCCUAAAUGUUGUUGGUUAUAUAUCAUUCACCUCCUCGUUCACUUGAAGCUCUAUCUUUCCCUUUCUCGUUCCCGCACAAGCAUUUCCUCUCUUGAAAAAGUCAAAUCAAAUCGGGUAUCUCCUUCGGAUUCAGGCAGCGGGCGUAGUAUCUGUGCUUUUUGUCCUUUCCUUUUCCUUUUCCUUUUCCUUUUCCUCUUCCUUUUUUUAUAUUUUUACGAUGAAUUAUCUCAUAUUUAGUUCCCUCCUCUUUUCUUCAACCUUUUUAGUACUGGAUGUAAGAGUAGUCUGAUUGGAUUGGCUAGUUACUAGCUGGUUGGUUGCUUACUUGCUUGCACUGGGCGGAGAUUUGGGGAGUUUUUUCUUUUUUGAAAGUUUUCAGUUCAUUUGGACCGCCGGUUGUAUGAUAUCAUAGUUGGAUAGUAGGGUAGUGCACUUAUCUUUGCUAGUGGCUUAGCUUAGAGUUGGCUAGUGACGAUGGGGGGAAAAAGAGGUCACUAGCUAGCCAUCUUGUCAAUAACAUACUUGUUAU